CUUGACCUGAGUGGGUCACCUCCUCAAGGCUACUAAGAUGCUUCGAGGUACAUCCGCUACUCUGCGCAUCCUUGCGCACAGUACUCGUCAUGUUAGCCCCCCAUUUUCAACGUCAGCGGUUGCGGCGUCAACCCAGCCCAACGCAGCUCUGGACAUCGACCCCUCGCUAAAGGUGCUUUUGCAAGACAUAGAUAUCUCUUUGACAAGCCAUAAGCACAUAAUGACAAAGAGACCCCCACGCGAGCUUGAAACUGUGGCGAUUGAGGACCUGGAGGAGGCUGAGGACGCGGAGGACUUCGUUGAAGAUCACUCUGAGCGUAGCGAGCACCGCAAGUCUCCUGCAGCACGGUUUGGGAGCAAAAAAAUCGGUGCUGUUGUUAUGCCCACUGAAUUGCAGAAGUCGAUCACUGCUCUGAUAGAUGCUUCUGACAAGAUACAGCUGCACAGUGAUGCAACGCGUCUCUUCUUUGAUGAGAGCGAAGGAUGGGAUCACUCGUACGACGUGAAAUAUCGCUCUUAUAAGCAAGGGGCGCGACACUCCGACCGUGACGGGACAGCAUUCGCGUCGGUCGUUCUUCCUGCACAUUAUUCUGCCAUUUGUGCUGUGCUUCAUCAAGUUAAGCACAGAUUAGGUCCGGAAUGGAAUGUACAACGCGUCAUAGACUGGGGCGCAGGUACAGGCAGUGGAUUAUGGGCAUCGAUGAAUACCUUUCAGAAGCCCAAUAUCACUUCCGAGGAACCGCGCCUCUCCACAUCCAAUAUCUUUAUAUACCUCGGUAUCGAUAAACGCGAGGGACUUGUUGCAAUAGGCAAACGUCUACUGAGAGAUACAGACUUGGGCGCCCUGAGCGCAACCUGGCAAAAGUCUUUCCGGGAAGAUGAUAUAAUUAAGCGAACAGAAGGGCGUGAUACUCUCGCCCUGUCUGCUUUCAUGCUUUCAACUCUACAGACACCCCUGGCGAGGAAGAAGUUCGUGAAAGAGUUGUGGGAAAGUGGAGCACACACCAUCGUUCUUAUUGAUCACAAGACCAAAGCUGGGUUCCAGAACAUUGCAGAAGCACGCGAAUAUCUCCUUGAGAUGGGGCGUAAAGAACUCAAUGACCCCGAAACCGCAGAUUGGCCUGUUCGCGGUGCCCAUGUUGUUGCUCCUUGUCCGCACGAUGGUUCAUGUCCUCUCUAUUCUGGGACAUCUGUGAGCCUAGUGUGUGGCUUCUCCCAACGCCUGCAACGUCCACCCUUCGUUCGUCUCACGAAGCAUGCACGCGAGGGUCAUGAAGACAUCGAGUAUUCUUAUGUUGCGAUUCAACGCGGGCCGCGCCCAAGUACAGUGGGUGAAGGCCUUGCCACGCAGAUGGGCAGUAUAGGACGCGUUGGUGCUGUCGGCCGAGAGGAGGCAGAGCAGAUCAGACUAAAGGAAGAGAGGGUGACGAAGGAGCUUGUGCUCGACACAAAUCAUAUUGAGACGAGACAUGAAGUUGAAACAACUGACCGCACUACUGCGGACAUUAUACCAGCUGAAAACUCAGAGGAGGUCGAAGCCGCGCUGCGACACGAGGCAUUCCAUUGGCCACGACUUGUCUUCCCACCUUUGAAGAAGAGCGGGCACAUCAUCAUUGAUGCAUGCACUUCGGAAGGCAAAAUCAUGCGUCUCACUAUUCCGAAGUCCCAAGGUAAACAACCAUUUUAUGACGCACGGAAAUCAUCCUGGGGUGAUAUUUUCCCUCAUCCGCCAAAAAAUCGACCACAGGAGAGGAUCCAGUCUACACGGGCAAAAGGUGAAGGUGGGUCAAGGGGAGAUGAUAUUGGGAAGAGGUCAAAGGGCCGGGACCGUCCGAAAGGCGAGAAAAGUUAUUCAAAUGUGGGGGAGGCAUUGAAGGAGAGGAAGAAGGCUUCCAGACGCGAUCGUGCAGUGCAGAAGGAAGACUUCGCAUUGCUUACUGAGCGAUAGUGGAAAUCAUUUUUCUUGUUUGGAUCUCUUGCAUUUGCUCUGCUCAUCUCCCACCAAUCACCCUCCCACCAAUCACACGUUACUUACGCUACUUCAAUUUAAGUAAUGUAUCACCAGUAUCAUUCUCAUCGAACUUAGUGUUGCUCCACUCAGUCAGGGAAACCUAACGAACCGUCACCUAGAUGUGACCAGUGAAAUAUAGGUUUCGUGGUCUACUAC